AUGCCUCAAUCCCAAUCGCACCUCGACUCAGUAAGGUCCAUGUACGACGAGCGAAGCGACCGCUACGACGAAAACCAGGUCCACGUCAAACAAGCACAAGACUACUGCCGGUGGGCGGGCCUCAAGAGCGGAGAAAGCCUCCUCGACCUCGCAUGCGGAACGGGUCUAGUCGCCUUGGAAGCCAAGCGCCAAGUCCCGGGCGUGGGGCAUAUCGUCGGCAUCGACAUUAGCGAGGGCAUGCUCAGUGUCGCGCGCCGCAAGGCCGCAGCCGCGGGCCUGGACGACGUGCGGUUCCUCAACCACGACAUUUCGGAUCUCAGCGCCAUUCGUGAUGAGAUUGUGCCUGCAACUGGCGAGGGGUUCGAUGUGAUCACCUGCGCGGCGGCGCUGAUUCUGUUGCCGGAUCCGCUUCGCGCCGUUGGGGAGUGGCAGGCGUUGCUGCGGCCACGUGGAGGGCGGCUCAUUACGGAUGUGCAGACCAGGGAUGCGAACGUGGUGAUGAAUAUCUUCUCGGACAUUGCGCCGCGGGUCCGGGAAUCCGUGCCGUGGCAUUCGGAGCUGUGGCAGUCACAGGGGGAGCUUGAGAAGUUGGCCCUCGAUGCCGGGUUGGUUGUCCAGAUGGUUUUUGAGACGGACGUGUAUGCGAAGACGCGAUACUACGGGGAUGAUGCAGGGCAGAUCUUCGAUGACGCUGUGGGCAAGGCUAUGUUUGGUAAUUUUGGGAGAGCUGAGAUUCGGGAGCAAGCGAGGGGAUUGUUUGUCCAGCGGUUCAAGGACAUGGCUGGGCCGGAAGGCGCAAUCGAAGAAGAGACGAGAUAUUGGGUCAUGGUGGCCACGAAGGCUGGAUGA